AUGCUUGCCGCUAGAUUUGCCACCGCUAGGUGGAUAAUUGUCGCUAGUUGUGCUCAAGGCAUUUUUUCGCAGAUUUUUAAAUUUGAAAAUGGCCCUGAGUUGAACUAUUUAACCUUAGCUGGUGAUAACCCUAUUCCUCCCCCAAGUGGAUCUUUUACCCUCUGUGCCUCUAUGUUCCUUUUUAAGUUUCAAGGAAAUGAUGGUGCCGUACAUAUCAGGCUUGACUCUGGUAGACCUUGGAUAUCCUUUUAUGUUUAUAAGUUUGGGUCGGAUCCAGACAUUACUCUGUGGUUCUUUGUGAGAGGAGUGUGGCAUAAUUUGGGCUCUGCAGACAGUUAUAGGCAAAAUAACAGUUCACAAUAA